UUCAACAACGGUCCUUGAGGUGGUGGCAGUGGAGUGCAUUAGUUCCAAUGACUUUAAUCAAAUAUCCGCGGAAAAAUGGAUAAUCCGGGCGAAAUAAUGCGUUUAUGUAGACUCUGUUUAGUAAAAGAGCAAGUGAAUGUACCGAUUUUCGAAGAACAGGGUGAUAUAAGGCAAAUUUUCCAAAAAAUUAGUUCCUGCCUGCCGGUAAAGGUCUCUCGUGAUGAUAAAUUACCUAAGAAAAUAUGCGACGGGUGCUCGUGCAAGCUUGACAUGUUCUACGAAUUUUGGAACACGUCGGCGAAUGCCGAAAAAACUCUUCUGUCCCUAUUCGGCGGAGGCGUGGUCAGGGAGGCGGACGAUACGUUGCUAGCAGCAAAUCAGAAAUCUGAAGCUUUAGUGAAAGAAGAGACUGACGAUAGUGGCGAAACCACUCUCCCCGCAAAAAAUGAGACCAACUUGAUGUUGCAAAAUUUCCAGGACAACAAGUACUCUUUCGAAAGCGAAUCGGCUGCGGCCGCCGAAACGAAAGACGAGUCCGAGGAACCGCCCCCGAAGAGGGCGCGGCGAACGGCCGCCGUCAAGGCCCAAAUUAGUAUUACCGCGGAAUCGGACGACGACGAGGACAUUGACGGCGCCGAGCCCGUCACCAAGAUCGAGGACGAGACGGACGAAAGCGAGGGCGAAGAUCGCGAGCCCGCUUUCGUCGACGUACCCGGCACCAGUGCCGACGACCAACCCGGUCCCUCGGGCGUCGGCAAAGACGGCGUCGAAGCACCGUACCGAACAAUCAAGGACGAGUACGACGGCCAACCCGCAACGACGCGCAAACGGAAACGUUCCGCCGCCAGGCGUACGAAACGCCCCUCGCGGACGAGAAAAACCACCUCGAUCAAAUCGAACCAGAAGGCCAACAACUGGACGUGCAAGUAUUGCCUGGACCAGUUCGCUUCUCGUAAAGAAAUGUUCGAGCACCGCAAGGAACACGCGGACGAGGAGCGACCUCUGGGUUCCGGCGAGGUAAUCAAAUACACCUACGACGAACGGCACGACAUGUACGUGUGCAACAACUGUUCGGCGGAAUGCCAGAGCCUCGACGAGAUCGAGAAACACGUCGAGACGCACGAAGAAAAGUACGAAUGUUACGUGUGCAAGGAGGUGAUGUACGGGCCGAUGAACUAUUCGACGCACGCGCAGAAGCACCGCGAGGACAAGAUGUACCCUUGCCCGUGGUGCCAGUACAUGGCUCACAAGAAGGAAGCGAUGCACGUGCACAUCAACCGCCUGCACCUGCAACUCUACGAUUUCCAGUGCAACAAGUGCGGCAAAUGUUUCAACGACGCGCUCAGCUUCAAGGAGCACGACAACGUCCACGCGGGCGUCAAGCCUUUCGGUUGCGUCGUGUGCAACAAGCACUUUUUCUACUCGAGGUACCUGCUCUCUCACCAGAUGCGCGGCCACACGGUCAGGGUGUUCGACAGGGACUCCAAGACGCAAUGUAACGUGUGCUCGAAGAUAUUCGCACGGGAGGACACGCUCGAGAAGCAUUACGCGGCGAAGCACAUGACCGUGAGGACCGGGCCGUACGAGAAGAAGCACCUGUGCGACGUGUGCGGUCAGGGAUUCUCGAGGCCGGACAAACUGAAGAUCCAUUACAGGAAACACACCGGAGAGAAACCGUACUCGUGCAUCUAUUGCAGCAAGAGCUUCAUCAAGCGGGAUUACCUGGUGAUGCACGAGCGGAUACACAGCGGCGAGAAGCCGUACACUUGCGAGAUAUGCGGCAAGUGUUUUAACCAGGGCGCGCCUCUGAGGAUACAUCUGAGGACUCACACGGGCGAGAGGCCGUACGUGUGUCCUUACUGCGGCAGCGGCUGCGUGUCCAAGGGAGCGUUGAACAGUCACAUCAAGAGUUGCGUCAAUUCGGCCGCGCAGUGUUUCGUCUCCCUCACUCUUCGAACUGCACGUGGUUGUUGUCAUGACGACUUUAUGCCAAACUGUCCGCGAAAUAAUUUUACUUUCGUCUGUCAAAGUUCGAAUCGCUUUUCGGCAAGGUACAUCAAGUGCCCGUAUUUGGAGGUGGAGAUGUCUGUGAGCGAUGCCGAGUUCCUGCCCAAUCCCGCGUCCGACUCGACCCCUAAGAAAAAGGUCAGAAUCAAAGUCGAAGAGGACACCGACGACGAGGAAUACCUACCGUCGGGCUACAAGAAAAAGAAGAAAACGGAAUCGCCUAAAAAACCACGAUCGCCUCGCUCCAAAAAGCCCACCUUCAAAGUUAAAAAGCAGGAGCACAAGCUGUGGACGUGCAGGCGUUGCCUGCAGGAGUUCGAUACGCGAAAAGGGCUCGUAGCGCACUCAAAAAUUCACGGCGACUCGGGUAACGAAGAGCACACCUUCAAGUACGACGAGGACCAAGACCUAUACUACUGUAACACGUGCUCGGCCGAGUUCCAAACAAAAGAAGAGGUAGAAAAGCACAUCAUUAAAAUCCACGAAGAGCAUUACGCUUGCGAGAUCUGCAACCACACCUCGAAGAAGGCAUACCUGUUCGCGGUGCACAUGAAGUCGCAUUCGAACGACGACAUGAUGACGUGCCCUUUGUGCAGCUAUAGUACCCAGAGGAGGACUUGUUUGCAGACCCACAUCAACCGGGUGCAUUACCACAAGUUUUACUACACCUGCGGUACCUGCGGGAAGGGUUUCAACGACGCCGUCAUCUACAAGGAGCACAACAACGAGCACCUGGGCAUCAGACCUUUCGUCUGCGUCGUCUGCAACAAGCAGUUCGUCUAUUCGAGGUACAUGUCGAUUCAUCAGAUCAGGUACCACACGGUACAUAUAGAGGGCACGCUGCACAAAACCCAGUGCAGUAUAUGCCUAAAGGUGUUCAGCAAAGUCGACACCCUUCUCAAACAUAUCACGACCAAACACAAGUCGGGGGAGGAGAAGUACGAACGAAAGCACCUUUGCGACUUGUGCGGCAAGGGAUUCGGUACCUCUGACAAACUGAAGAUCCACUACAGGAUCCACACCGGUGAGAAGCCGUUCUCUUGUCGGUACUGCGAGAAGUGCUUCACCAAAAAGGAUUACCUGGUGAUGCACGAGCGAGUGCACACCGGCGAGAAACCGUACCCGUGCGAGUACUGCGGCAAGUGCUUCAAUCAGGCCGCUUCGUUGAGGAUCCACGUCCGGGGACACACCGGGGAACGCCCGUAUAUAUGUCAGUUCUGUAACGGGGGGUAUAUUUCGAGAGGGUCGUUGAAUUUGCACAUGAAGAUUUGCAACGGGGUUAGGGAUUACCCUCCGUACUGGAGGCACUGUAUACGACAAUACGAAUUGCUAAAACUCGCAUUUUUCAGGACUUCCAUCGCGCUGCCGGCGAUCAAAUGGCAAUGCAAAACAUGCCAGUUUAAGUUCCCGCUCCUGAAACCCCUCCUGGAUCAUAUGAAAACGUGCAUCGCCGCUGAAAAACACCCGGAGCCUCCGCCGACCCGGAAAAAGCAAUUAAAAAAAACAAGCCACAAACGCGACCCCAAAUCGGACAAGUGUUUCUGGUCUUGCGACGAAUGUCCCCAGGUGUUCGCAUCGUCGGAGCUGCUCGAGGAGCACAAAACUACCCACCAGCGACAACAAUCCCUGCCACUCAAUAAAAAGCAUAAACCGCCAUUUAGAUACGACAAAAACCUAAACUUGUAUUUGUGCCUCAAGUGUUUGAUUUACGUGAACGAUAAGUCGGAGCUCGCCGAUCACCUGGACAACCACCCGGAGUUCGCUUGCCGACAGUGUCGGGAGAAGUUCCCCAGCGUGGCCGCUUUGGGGGUUCAUUCGGCCGAGCACGACGCGAAUAACCGCAUUACCUGUCCCCUCUGUUCGUUCAGUUGCGACAGCAAAAACUCCUUGCUCGGCCAUAUUCAUUUAACGCAUUCCAACGGGCACGAGUGCGUCGUGUGCUUCAAAACGUUUCCGAGUUCCGGCAACUUGCUCAGCCACCAAGUGCACAAACACAAAGUCCAAACGAAAGAGAGCGUCCUGAUGGGAGAGCACUUGACGCGUCCGUCGACCGGCGAAACCAAGAUAUACUUAUGCGAUACCUGCGGCAAAGAGUUCUCGUCGAAAUAUCGCCUGGAGCGUCACAUUAGGGCCACGCACGAAGGCGUCAAGCCUUACGUGUGUCAGUUUUGCCGCAGGUCGUUUACCGGGAAAGAUACGAUGAAGAAACACGAGCGAAUUCACACGGGCGAGAAGCCGUACUCCUGCGAGUACUGCGGGAAGAGGUUCCGACAGAACGGACCUUUCAAAGUACACCUGAGGAUUCACACGGGCGAGAGGCCGUCGUCCUUACCUGCCAUCGAGUGGCAAUGCGACGAUUGCACCAAUACGUUCCCCGACCUGGACCAACUGUGGCUCCACGUAGACAAGCACUGCAAGCCGCCGCACCGAAGACCCAACGGCAAACGCACUUCUCAGUACGACUUCGACUCUAACCUAAACCUGUACACCUGCCUGAGGUGUUCGACUUACUUCGGCGACGAAUCUGAACUCAACGCUCACCUCGACAACCACCCGGAGUUCACUUGCUACGAAUGCCACGAUACGUUUGAGAGCGUAGCCGCUCUCGGAGUGCAUUCCGCGCUGCACGAUCCGAACAACCUCAUCACGUGUCCCAUCUGCUCUUACAAGUGCACCAAGAAGAACGUCCUUGUCACUCACGUCCACCUGAAACAUCCAAAACGAGAGUACGCUUGCGUGGUCUGUUCCAAGUCGUUCCUGAGCCCGGUCAGUUUGUCCGGACACCAGAUCAGACAGCACACAGUCGGACUGUCUCCGAUGAACCUGCCUACGUGCGACGAGUUGAAGAUUUUCCUGUGCGACACCUGCGGCAAAGAAUUUACGACCAAGUACCGUCUCGAACGCCACAUCAGUUCGAUACACGAGGGUAUCAGGCCGCACAUGUGUCCCUUUUGCGAUCGUUCGUUCGCCGGUAAGGAUACGAUGCAGCAACACGUCAGGAUUCACACCGGCGAGAAGCCGUAUUCAUGCGAAUUUUGCGGCAAGAGGUUCCGACAAGACGGACCGUUCAAAGUACACCUGAGAACCCAUACCGGCGAGAGGCCGUACGUGUGCCACCUCUGCAACAAGGGUUUCAUCACGAACCAGUGCCUGAAGCAGCACCGUAACAGUUGUGCGCGUGCGGCGCGCAUAGCAUAGCCUUCGGGUCUCUCAAUUCGGUGCUUAUGUGGUACCGCCUUUUAUACCACUGCUGUGCGGUGAAAAAGAAAAGGAAGUUGUCGUAGGGAGGACGCAAAAUCGUGAAAAGUGUUUUCUACGAUACAUAAUUUUAGUUCGCAUUUCUGAUGGCUGGAUGAAAACUUACUUCUGAAAACAAUUCUUGAGGCUCACAAAAAAAUGGAAAAUUUUGCAAUUUCAUUUUCUUAAACUUAUGGGUUUAUAAAACGUCCGCCUAAUUGCCCCCAACCCUUAAAUGCCACGCAUUCAAUUUAUACAACAAUAGUUAAUACUGCGGCUUCUUCCCCACGACGAACGUCACGUCGACGCCCGGCGAAACUUCGUUAAAUGAAAUGACAAUCGGACAUGUUACAUAUUUUUGUAGUUUGUAUAGAAAUAAAAAGUUUUCUCGUUUACUUCCUUUGGUCAGAUCGGGUUUUUAUACGUCGUUGCGUUUUGUUUUCACGCCAAUUCCAUCGCUUUCGACAAUGGCAGUGGUGGUGCUAGUUUUCCAGCAAUAACUUGGUAGGUACUCCCGAUUAGCGUGAACCCCACCGUUGUUUUAAUUAAUUAAAAAGUAAUGAGUGCGAAAUAAAAUAAAAUUCAGACAAUAAGAUUUUCAUUCCUCCGAGAACGGCAACCAAUAAACUUGA